AUGUCAGCAUCAUCCUUUGGACAUUUAAGAGAAGAGGAUCCUCCUCCUUCCACCAUCUUUGCUGCUUCCACAGUAUCUCCCAUAGCUCUGAUACCAAAUCUAGAAAUUGAAUAUGGUUUUAACGAACACAAGAUUGUAAGACCAAUCGAUGACGUCCAACCGACAAAAACGGUAAGGAUCCACAACAAGAUCCGAGCCGAGGUCGGGGUGGCUCCAUUGGUGUGGAACAAAACCGUAGCGGCCUAUGCACAGAACUUCGCAAACAGACAAGCCAAAGCUGGAGUCUGCGAUUACAGCUCCAUGAGACAUUCAGGUGGACCUUACGGGGAAAAUAUAGCCGCGGGAUGGGUCCAACCUGAGGACCAAAUGAGCGGUCCAAUCGCGGCAAAGUAUUGGUAUACGGAGAAGCCAAACUACGAUUAUGCCACCAACAAGUGCAAAGGUGAUUGCGGACACUACACUCAGAUGGUGGCCAAUCAAUCGUUCAGUAUCGGUUGUGGCUCGUUCAGGUGUCAUGAUAAUGAGUUAAUUUAUAUUGUAUGUGACUAUUAUCCUAUGCAAGUGGGUGAUGCGAAUACGCGUCCCUAUUGA